CAUUACAAUGGCGGAUACAGGAAGUACAUGCCACAGUUUCUAAUGUGUUCACUUAUCUUCGACGUAACGCAGUGACGACUAAACUGUGAGGGUAAAUACUAAUUUAACGGGAUUUAAAUAAAUUUAAUGUAAUCGCCUAGUCGGUAAACAUGCCGAAAGUCGUGUCUAGAAGCGUCGUGUGCUCGGACACCCGAGACCGAGAAGAGUACGACGACGGAGAGAAGCCUCUUCAUGUUUACUACUGCUUAUGCGGACAGAUGGUGUUGGUUCUGGAUUGCCAGCUGGAGAAGCUCCCCAUGAGACCCAGAGACCGGGCUAGGGUGAUCGAUGCUGGCAAACACGCCCAUAAAUUCUGCAACGUGGACCAGGACGAGAACACGUACAUCAAGAGAGCCGAGGGCAUCGAGAGGCAGUACCGCAAAAAGUGCGGCAAGUGCGGCCUUCUGCUCUUCUACCAACACCAAGAGAAGAACACCCAGGCCACCUUCAUUGUGGAUGGAGCGGUGGUGAAAUUUGGCCAGGGCUUUGGCAACACCAGCGUCUACAGCCAGAAGCCACCCGAGGCCCCCAAGAAGGUCCGUGUCAUGAUGACGAAAAGGACCAAAGACAUGGGCAAGUUCAGCUCCGUCACAGUGUCCACCAUUGACGAGGAGGAGGAGGAGAUCGAGGCCAGGGAGGUGGCGGACUCUUACGCCCAGAAUGCUAAAGUGAUCGAGAAGCAGCUGGAGAGGAAGGGCAUGAGCAAGAGGAGGCUCCAGGAGCUGGCCGAGCUGGAGGCCAAGAGGGCCAAGAUGAAGGGCACCCUCAUUGACAAUCAGUUCAAGUAGAGGAGCACUGAUUAGGACUUAAUGACUAUUUUCAUUUGGAGCAUCAUUGAUUAGCCUGCUCGCACAUAAAAAAACGUGUUUUUGAUUCAAAUGCUUUUUUUUUUUUUUACUGAAAUCCAAUUAAACAGUUUGUUAUUUUUAAACUC